GCUGUUGAUCCUUGCAGAGGACACUAAAUCUGCAAGCAAAAAAUGACUGCUUGUUGCAACCUUAUUCCUUCUUUUAGCUAUUAGCAGUCAACAAAGAAACAAGUUCUUGAACAUCCUCAAAAUGCAAGAAACCUUGAAUGUUACUGAAAAGAAAAUACUCAAGAUUCAGCAUUUCAUCUGAGACUAAUCAACUAUAAGCAGAAAUACCUGCCUGUUCUGUGAUCUGAAUCUAAAUAAACAAAAUUUUUCUGACUUUGGCAUCUGACUUACUAGAAGAGUGAUGAGACCAAUCUCUGCAAAGAUGUAGGCAAACUAAACACUGAACACUUGAAAAUACAAGCACAAAAAAAGUAAGAAUGAGCAGAGAGUAAAGACUCGUUUGCCAAGCAAGCAGCGCGGAGAUGAAUUGUUUCUUUCUCGAACUCAACAAAUAUGCUUUGUGUGAUGAGUUUAGGAGCUUAAAGAAAAAAAACCUACUUCCAUGGCUGUUGCUGAGGCAUGUGGUUCCUUACAAAUGCUCUAUCAGAAGUGAAGUUGCAUCCCAUCCUCUGUUUGCCAGUAAAUAAAAGAUAAAGAUUUUUGCUAACGGAAUUCAGACACUUGGUUGAUGGAGGAGGCAUGAUGGACGAUGGACUGCUCUUUAGAUGUCUGUUGCUAUUACCCUCUCUCAUAAGGUACAUGCUGAAGCUAAUGAAAUUACGGGCUAAGUGUUUACUUGUAUGAAUCACUGCUUGAAAAACUUCCAGUACAAAGUUAUCUAAAGACUUAAAAAUGCCUCCACGACCAUCAUCUGGCGAACUAUGGGGCAUCCACUUGAUGCCACCGAGGAUCCUUGUGGAGUGUCUUCUCCCAAAUGGAAUGAUAGUGACUCUAGAAUGCCUCCGUGAGGCCACCUUACUAACUAUUAAACAUGAACUCUUUAAAGAAGCAAGAAAAUACCCUCUCUAUCAGCUCCUUCAAGAUGAAUCUUCUUAUAUUUUUGUAAGUGUUACACAAGAAGCAGAAAGAGAAGAAUUUUUUGAUGAAACACGGAGACUUUGUGACCUGCGACUAUUUCAGCCUUUUCUAAAAGUCAUUGAACCAGUAGGUAACAGAGAAGAAAAGAUUCUUAAUAGAGAAAUAGGUUUUGCUACUGGCAUGCCUGUCUGUGAAUUUGACAUGGUUAAGGAUCCAGAAGUACAAGACUUCAGAAGAAAUAUUCUUAAUGUUUGUAAAGAAGCAGUGGAUCUUCGAGAUGCCAAUGCACCGCACAGUAGAGCAUUAUAUGUCUGUCCUCCAAAUGUAGAGUCUUCGCCUGAACUACCCAAACACAUAUACAAUAAACUAGAUAAAGGGCAAAUUAUAGUGGUGAUAUGGGUAAUAGUCUCACCAAACAAUGAUAAGCAAAAAUACACCUUAAAAAUCAAUCAUGACUGUGUGCCUGAGCAAGUUAUUGCUGAAGCAAUUAGGAAGAAAACACGAAGUAUGUUGCUGUCAUCUGAACAACUGAAACUUUGCGUCUUGGAGUAUCAGGGCAAAUAUAUUUUAAAAGUGUGUGGCUGUGAUGAAUACUUGUUAGAAAAAUAUCCACUGAGCCAGUAUAAGUAUAUAAGAAGCUGUAUAAUGCUUGGUCGCAUGCCCAAUCUGAUGUUGAUGGCUAAGGAAAGCCUAUAUACCCAGCUGCCACUGGACACCUUUACAAUGCCAUCUUAUUCCAGGCGUAUCUCUACAGCUACACCCUACAUGAAUGGAGAAGCUACAGCCAAAUCACUCUGGACUAUAAAUAGUGCUCUCAGAAUAAAAAUCCUCUGUGCAACCUAUGUAAAUGUGAACAUCAGAGACAUUGACAAGAUCUAUGUUAGAACAGGUAUCUACCAUGGAGGGGAACCUUUGUGUGACAAUGUGAAUACUCAAAGGGUACCUUGUUCUAAUCCCAGAUGGAAUGAAUGGCUAUUGUAUGACAUGUACAUUCCUGAUCUUCCACGUGCUGCUCGGCUCUGCCUUUCUAUCUGUUCUGUUAAAGGCCGGAAGGGUGCUAAAGAGGAGCACUGUCCUUUGGCUUGGGGAAAUAUAAACAUGUUUGAUUACACAGACACUCUUGUAUCUGGAAAAAUGGCUUUGAAUCUUUGGGCAGUACCUCAUGGGCUGGAGGAUUUGUUGAAUCCUAUUGGUGUUACUGGAUCAAAUCCAAAUAAGGAAACUCCAUGUUUAGAGCUGGAAUUUGAUUGGUUUAGCAAUCCUGUAAAGUUCCCAGAUAUGACGGUGAUUGAAGAACAUGCCAAUUGGACUAUAUCACGUGAACUGGGGUUUAACUACAGCUAUGCAGGGCUGAGUAACAGAAUAGCUAGAGAUAACGAAUUAAGAGAAAGUGACAAGGAGCAACUGCGAGCCAUAUGUACACGAGAUCCUUUGUCUGAAAUCACUGAGCAAGAGAAGGACUUCCUCUGGAGCCACAGACACUAUUGCGUGAAUACUCCAGAAAUUCUGCCCAAAUUACUUUUGUCUGUUAAAUGGAAUUCUAGAGAUGAAGUGGCCCAGAUGUACUGUUUGGUAAAAGAUUGGCCUCCAAUCAAGCCAGAGCAAGCAAUGGAGCUUUUGGACUGUAAUUAUCCAGAUCCAAUGGUGCGAGCUUUUGCAGUUCGGUGUCUAGAGAAGUACUUGACAGACGACAAACUGUCUCAGUACUUAAUCCAGCUAGUACAGGUUCUGAAAUAUGAACAGUAUUUAGAUAAUCAGCUUGUGAGAUUUUUACUCAAGAAGGCACUGACCAAUCAAAGGAUAGGACACUUCUUCUUUUGGCAUUUAAAGUCUGAAAUGCACAAUAAAACUGUAAGUCAGAGGUUUGGUUUACUUCUGGAGUCCUAUUGUCGAGCAUGUGGAAUGUACCUAAAACAUCUGAGCAGGCAGGUGGAGGCAAUGGAGAAGUUGAUUAACCUCACAGAUAUUCUCAAGCAGGAAAAAAAAGAUGAGACACAGAAGGUACAGAUGAAGUUUCUUGUUGAACAAAUGAGACGGCCAGAUUUUAUGGAUGCUUUACAAGGUUUUAUCUCUCCUCUUAAUCCUGCACAUCAACUAGGAAAUCUUCGGCUUGAGGAGUGCAGGAUAAUGUCAUCUGCAAAAAGGCCCUUGUGGUUGAACUGGGAAAACCCAGAUAUUAUGUCUGAAUUGUUGUUUCAGAACAAUGAGAUAAUCUUUAAAAAUGGAGAUGACUUGCGUCAGGACAUGUUGACACUUCAGAUAAUUAGAAUUAUGGAAAACAUCUGGCAAAAUCAGGGUCUUGAUCUUCGGAUGUUGCCUUAUGGUUGUUUGUCUAUCGGUGACUGUGUGGGACUCAUCGAGGUAGUGAGGAGUUCUCAUACGAUCAUGCAGAUUCAGUGUAAAGGAGGCUUAAAAGGGGCAUUGCAGUUCAAUAGCCAUACGUUGCAUCAGUGGCUGAAGGACAAGAACAAAGGAGAAAUGUAUGAUGCAGCUAUUGACUUGUUUACACGUUCUUGUGCCGGCUACUGUGUUGCUACCUUUAUACUGGGCAUUGGUGAUCGCCACAAUAGUAACAUCAUGGUAAAAGAUGAUGGACAACUGUUUCACAUUGACUUUGGGCACUUCCUCGAUCACAAGAAGAAAAAAUUUGGCUAUAAAAGAGAGCGUGUGCCAUUUGUCUUAACACAAGACUUUUUAAUAGUGAUUAGUAAAGGAGCCCAAGAAUGUACCAAAACAAGGGAGUUUGAAAGGUUUCAGGAGAUGUGUUAUAAGGCUUAUCUAGCAAUUCGGCAGCAUGCCAAUCUCUUCAUAAAUCUCUUCUCCAUGAUGCUUGGCUCAGGAAUGCCAGAACUGCAGUCCUUUGACGAUAUUGCAUACAUUCGAAAGACCCUUGCAUUGGACAAAACUGAGCAGGAAGCUCUUGAGUACUUCAUGAAACAAAUGAAUGAUGCUCACCAUGGUGGCUGGACAACAAAAAUGGACUGGAUCUUCCACACAAUAAAGCAACAUGCUUUGAACUGAAAUGAAAGCAAAGAAAACAAGAACUGAUAGCCCACUUUGUGGGUACUGCACUGUUAAUACCCGUUAGCAGCAAAGACUGGUUGCAUAGGAAUUGCACAAACCACGAACAACAUUAGAAUUUAUGGCAACAAAAGAGAUGAACUGUUCAGACAACUGUCGAAAUAAUGUAAAACAGGGUUUCAGAUAGCACUAAAAUUGUACACUUCAAAAAUUAAGCUUUAGUAUGAUGUGUGACUUCAUGUUAUGCCUUAAGCCCAAAAAGGUAAACUUGGAAGAAUGUUUCCUUUUUUCAUUUGAUAGGAUAAAUUAGAAGGAAAAAGAAAAUAGUGCUAGCAUGAACAUAGUCCAUCACAUAUUACCUUAGAUCUGGUACAGCAGAUAGAGACUAUGCUGGAUUGAGAAGAGUGGAAAGAAAAUUCAAGUGAUAGUGAACAUUUAAAUGCAGCAUAGUUUGAAGGGAAGGAGUUUUAAGCUCAAAGAUCUAAAAACAAUAGUGAGAGGACAGUGCCUUUUAAAUGUGCUCAGAGGCAUUAACAUUUAUGGGGUUUAGAUGACACUUUGAUUUCUGGGUCUGUCAUCUGCACCAUUUCUGAAAGCAGUAGGAAAUAGGCCCAUUCAGUAUGGUGUUUCUUCUGCUCAGUGUUUCUAGGGGUGCAAUUCAUACCUUCACAAAAACUCCCUAUCAUCCCCAAAAACUGACUAACCUGGAAAUUUGAAUGGUCAGAAUUGGGUUUAGUGCAACAGAGAGUUGUAGUGUUCAUCUUAGGUUUGCUUUAAUCUAACUUGAACUGAAUAGAUUUUUUUCAUACAUGUUUUCCAGAACCUAAAGAAAGCCCAGUUCUAUCUGUCCAAGACUCCCGUUUCCACUAACGUCACUGAAGGUGACCAGAUAUACUCCUAGGACCAAAUUCAACCCUGGUGAAAGAGGACACAAGUACCGUUGAAGUAGUGGGAGAUACACCCACUAAUGCCAGAGGUGAACUUGGCCUAAGUCUCUUCAAAAAUUUUUGGGCAUCACUCUUCACGUUAAUGAAGUGAUAUGCUGGCUAUUCAAGGAACGUAUGUUUAAACCCUCAAUCUUUGGGUCCACCAUUUCUCUUCUUUCUUCCUCCUUUGGAAGUGGUUGUUUAAUCCAGUAACAGAUACAUCAGAAAUAGCAGUUUAGAUUUUCAAUAUGAUCAAUAAUAAGCAGUUCAACAUACAGCAGAUAUGCUGGCUAGCUCAAAGCAUGUGGAGUUACCAAACAUUUUAUAGCUUUGUCUGUUUUAUGUGUGUGUGUGUAAUAUAUAUUUGUAAAUCUAGUUGUUGUCCUCUAACACAAUUACGAUGUGUGCAAUCAGUUAAAUUGGCACCACUUUUUGAAACUGUUCAGAGUACCGAGGAUUUCAGAUUGCCCUUAUGCACAACUUCAGGUAGGACUGUUUUUCUAAUUAUUAAACAGGUUUUUAAUUAGUGAAGCCCAUGAUUCUGAGGGUGAUGUUCACCCUAACAUUUUAAACUUGCUAGAUUGGCAGCACUUGGAGUGAAUUCCGAAGGUCUGGGGCUUUUGGGGGUUCAGCUCUUUCACUUGCAAACACACACCGAGGUGCCACUCAAAGUGCAAUACCACAUGUAAUAUAAAAUAUGCUGACAGCUGGUGUUAGAUUAGAAUAUAAGUAUAUAAAUAAAUUGUACUUUGUGCAGGCUGUACUGAUGAGGUAAUGAGUGGUUGGCUUCAUUUAGCGAAUUGUAAUAUAUUAAAAAUGUGCAAUCAAUUACGUUAUGAAAGACUUCGGGGAUUGUAAAGCCAAGACUUUUUGGUCUUUCAAGACACUUUCAUAGUCAAGAUCCUGCAGUUGAUUACUGCACACACGGAUACUUGAUGUUGUAGGGGGAAACCUGUUUCUGUGAAAACUUCAGAAGUUCCAAGAUUGGUAUGAGGAAUGUGAAGUUUUAUUUCCUUAGUUCUACUAAAUAUUUUGGAGUAGUCUAAUAGACUUCCCAUUACUCUUUCUGUUGACUGUUACAUAUUCCUUUCUGUUCAUAUGAAUAACUUAACUCCUGCUAACCUUGGUCAUACUUUCUAGAGCAAAAUUACCCUUGUAUGUAUUACUUCGCAGUCAACACACUCUAAUGGUUUAGCUCUUUUAAAAUAUGGCUUAGUUUCAGUUUAAAUUUGGCUCACAAAAUCUGAGACCCUGUUGGCUGUAACUCUUAAUUUAACUGAGUAAAACUUGCACAGAUGCCACAUUAGGUGCUAUAUUAUCCUUAUUUAUCUGGUAUUGAAACAAUGCUUUACCUCGUUUAUCUAAGAGAUGGUCAGCCUUUUCCAGCCUGGAUGAAAAGAUCAACUCAAGGUUAUUGGAUGUUAUCAGCCCAACUUCUUUUGUACUUUGCCCCUUCCUAGCCAUUUACUUCUGUAAAUACAAGUAUAAAUGUCUUUCAGUUCAACCAUACAGGGUUCUGCACCCUUUUUGCACAAAUGUAUGAGGAAUCUGGCUCUGUUUCCACAAGUUCCCGCAACUAAAUGCUGUGCGCAAGCUGUAGAAGUGAUUAUGAACGUCAAAGAGUAAAAGAAAGGAAACUUCAUAGUGAUACAGACAUAAUAUGAUUUUGGGUAAUUACAGCUUUUAAAUAAAAAAAAAAAAUAGAAGUUCAUGGACUUAAGCAGUUGUUCUUACCAUAACCAGGAUGGGCAUUUGAAAAACAUCCUGCCAGUGUUUCAGGAAAAAAAAAAAUUUUUUUAAGCUUCCAAGUGUUCAACCCUAAUUACCUUAUCCUGUUAUGCCAGUUUUGUGCUGAUGUAACUUCACUGAAGAUAGUGGAGGUACUUUUUACUUACUUUGGUGUAAAUGAGAGGAUGUCAUCUGUUCUCAGUAUCAGAAAUAAGACCUGCUUACAGACUGUGAAAGCACCUGUAACUGAGCUCUAGAUUUUUACCGAGAUUGCUUGGAAUUUGGAUUUUUAUUUUUUAACUAUUCCCACUUCAUGGAGAUUUGAAAAUGUUCCCUUUAUUCUGAGAGUCAGCUGCACAAAACACUAAGUAGCUUAUUUUGAGCUUGAAUUGAAUCUGAACACCUUGCUCCUGCAAAACUUUGUAGUAGGACUACCAGAGCAAGGAGCCCAGGAUUGGGCCAUACGUUUUAUUACAAAACAUUAGGAAAUGGCAAUUUAGUGAAAUACAAAUUUAAAAACAGUAACUUUUUCAACUGUGAAACUAUGUUUGAUUUAAUGACAGAACAGGCUGCUGCUGAUUGGUUUUUCUUAAAAAUAUAUUCUUUGCUUUCCUAAAGGUAGCAGAAAAAGCACCUGUACUGACUUAUAUAUGCAUACUUUUCAGUUCUGAAGGGGUGCAUUAGUAGUCUUUUCAUAGGUGAAACAGACUUUCAGUAGAAUUUUAAAAUAAAAGCAUUUAAAUAAAACCAAAAUUGCUAGUGGUUUGGCAUCUUGCGGAGAAGAUAUAAGCCUGCAUAUUAAGGGCAAUAUAGAAAUUGCCAAGCCUGUAGAGAACUUUGUAUGUGAUGACCCUGCUGUUGGUGGUUUGGAGGGUUGGUUUUGGUUUUUUUCCAAACCUUCCUUUUUAUGUAAAAUAUUAAAUGCCCUUUAGUGGUCAGUAGCCCAUGUUUGUUGACAAUUUGAAGGUAUUUUCUUUGCUUUGUCAUUUUAUAACUGGCAUGUUCCAAUGUCUGUUCUUAAUUGUGAAUUCCUCCUGUUUUGCAUGUCUGUACAGGUUGCAGACCUGGGCUGGACCCAUUCAAAAAACAAUCAUCAAAAAAGCCACUUGAAACUACUAUUUUCUUGAUGUCUUUGACAUCUUGAAAAUGCUUCAAGUUAAUGAAAAUGGUGUGGUAUUACAGAAAGAAUUGUAACUUGCUGCUUCUAAGAUUUUUUUUUUAACUUCUUUCUCUUGUUUUAGUUUUACUUGAAUGGAAGAAGAACCACACUUGGGUUUUGGUUUUUUUAAAUACUAUAUAGCUGUGGAUGUUGUUGCAGAUUGUUGAAUCCCACUUUAAUUUUGCAAUACGUUUCAUACAAAUAAUGAAUUUGUAUCUCUCUUCCGUGCUGAAAGUUGUCUCAGUUUAAGGCUCUAUCUGUCCAAAAUGAUGUGUAGCUCACCACGCCUGCAGUUGGUGUGGGUUUUUUGGGUGGUUUUUUGGUUUUUUUAUUUUUUACAUCUGUGUUAAUGAAGGGAAGCCAACUGGAAACCGGAUAUAGAAGUUCUCUAUCUGCAUACACUAACCAAAUCUAUAGGUGCUCUGGUCUUUGAGAAAUUCUGAUUUCACUUUAUGCUGAUAUAACACUGACUUCAUCAGAAUCACUCUGGAUUCACAACAGCAUAUGAAAUCAGAAUUAGACUAUAUGUAUAUUAAAGUUCCAGAUGACUUAUUCAUAUGAUUCAGUAUGAAAGGCGUUCACUUAAUGAGGAAUGUUUACUAGCAGUCCAGGUAAACACUUGACAAUUUUACUUUGGAAUAGUCUUUAUUAACUAGCUUUUUCAGCUCUCCAAUUCAUAACUACUGUAAUCUUGUCUAUCGUUAAUUUCAUUCUUGAGACUUCCAGGAUUUUUCUUACUUGCUAGCUUAAAUGUUUCCUCUUCCUACUCUUUCAUAGUAUAAAGACUUUCCACACUCAGAAAAAAUAGUUGUUCUUAAUUAGCAGUGCAGUAUUCUUGACAUCUGAGCUUUAUGGGAUAGAUUUUUAAAAGUAUGACGUCUUACUGUGUUAGCACUCCUGACUCUAAGCCAGAGGUGGAUCCCUCUGUCCCUAUCUCUUCCCCUUCCCCCUCCAACACCCCUUUCCCCAAAAAAGGGACAUGCCCAUAGCAUAAGAACAACAUAAAAUAUUUGUAAGAGAAGAUCAAUUGAAGCAAUGCUCUGCCUGUACUUUGAAGCUAGCGUCCCCAUUGGUUUGCAUAAAUGUGUCUUAAUCUUAAGUGUCCUUACUGUCACUUCUGUAUGUGCUACAAUAUUCCUUUGGCAUAAAGGUGGCCAAAAAUACACUUACUCUAUCCUGACUUUCUAUGAAAUUCUAGUGCCAGUUCCCCAGUAGCUAUUAAACUGGUUUAGGAACCAUUUAGUUCAGUGUAACUGCAUCAAUUUUGUUAGGAAUUUGUUCCAGUAUUAAAUUAAUCACAGUUAAACCUGACCUAAUUAUAUUGCUGAAGUUAUAGAAAGCCUAAUUCAAGCAGAAGCUGUUUCUCCUAAGAAUCUUAUGUCUGCUGUAUCUUAGUUAAUCCCUAAGAGCCAAAACAUGGAUAUUCAUAGCUGCAGUCUCAUUCUGUUUUGUUUCUUUGGUUUAAGGACAUUUAAUCUAUUCCCGGGCUUUAUUAAUAGUGUUCUAUAUCCUGAAUUAUCAGCUGCCCCAGGCUGUCCAAAGUUGUCUUACUGUUUCAUUUGGGGCAGGGGAAAGAAGAGGAAGGGAGGAAGAGAUGAAUCCUCUUCUUUCUUGUCUUACAGCCACUGUAGUCCAAAUUCUUCAUCUUCUCUUGUGAAGAUAAAUGUAUAAUUCAUCAUCUGGAAGUAUCAUCCUUUCCCCUUGCCCCCUUGCACCUCUGCAAGUUUUAACUGUGAAUAUCCACAUACACUAUCAAAAUCCACUUUCCUGGUAGAGAAAAGGAUUUAAAAUAUAUAUGGCGGCAGUCUGAUGUCCUGGAUUCUCAGGCUUGAAAUUUCCAAAGUACUGUUGUCACUAACUCGCACCACAAUUGCAAGAACUCUCACAGAAUCACACAGAAUUGUUGAGGUUGGCAGAGACUUGUGGAGAUCAUCUAGUCCAGCUGCCCUGUUUGAAGCAGGGUCAGCUAGAGCAGGUUGCUCGGGACCUCAUCCAGUUAGGUUUAGAGCCUGUCCAAGAAGGAAGAAUCCACAGUAAUUUUUUUUUCCUCAAUGUUUAUAUGAAAUUUCUUCUGUUUCAUUGCCUAGUGUCCUUUCAGUGGGCAGCACUGAGAAAAGCCUUGCCUGUCUUCUUUACUCCUCUCCAUCAAGUAUUUAUAUACAUUGACAAGAUGCCCCUUGAGCUUUCUCUUCGCUGGGCUAAACAAUCCCAGCUCUCAGCCACCCCUCCUAGCCCUUCAUCACCUUCAUGGCCCUUUGCUGGACCCGUUCCAGUACAUCCAUGUCUGGCUCAUACUGGGGAGCCCAGCACUGGACCCAGCACUCCAGGUGUGGCCUCACCAGUGCUGAGCAGAGAGGAAGGAUGAAGGCUUACCUCCCUUGACCUGCUGGCAUGCUCUUCCUAAGGCAGCCCAGGAUCCUGUUGGCAUUUUGGAUAAAUAGAGCCCAGGAGGGUGUAAUCUCUUGGUGCUUUUAUGUAACUUUGUUGAAGGUAGUAGCAGUUACAUGUCUGCAUCAAAAGGAGAGUAUAAACACCCACCAGUGCUUGAAAUACCUUUUAAAAAUGAGACAAUUAUCUUUGAAAUAACCACUACUGGGGGGCGGGAGGGAUGUUGCCAUGUGUAUGUCAUUCUGUAAUAAAGGUCCUGUGGUAAAGUAGUUAGAAAGCAAGACAUUUUUAGUAAUAAUGGGCCAAAAAAGUAUUUAAGAUGCAGCAAGAUGCAUGUGUUGUCAUACUGAGAAUAGUCUUGCAGUACCUUUAAAAAAAAAAAAAACAACCCUUUUCCCCUUCUGCUGUGCUACUCAAGUAACAAAAGUUUGGCCUAUGAUACUUAUUGUAGUUCAUGUUCAUGGGAAACUGUAAAAAGUCUGCUUUUUAUUUAUCUUCGCGGUCUGUAUCACAUGCUGUUUAUUAAAAAAACUACUUUUGUUUGGUUUUUAUCACACUUUUGAGUGUUAAUGUAUAUACUAACAACUAAAUUAAAACAAUAUGGUUGGUA